CUGGAGGUGGACACAGACAGGGAGACAGACAGAGACACAGACAGACUGUCAGAAUGUGAGACAGAAACUUGAGCUCCUGCUCCACAAGGAAAUGGACGAGAUCAGUCCUCUGUUGGGCAACAGACCCCAGGAGAGGCAAGACCUUCCGUCUCCGAACCUGCAGCCGAGACACCAGCAACUGAUCCCAACGCCAUGUGGACCGAUAAAGCGGUGGUCGGAGCUGUCAUGUCUGCUGAAGCUUUACUUCUGUUUCACCAUAGCGUCUCUGCUGGCGCUGCUUGGCCUCACGCUGACCAGCGUCUACAAGCAGCGCACGGAAACCGACGUGUCCGAUGAGGACAACUUCUCCGUGUCUCUCAUCCAGAUGGUGGGAAUACUGUUCUGCAUCUACUACAUCAGCCGUGGCGUGCUGCAGGAGAACAGACAGGAGCUGGUGGUGUUCGUGCUCAGCGUGUUGAUCGUCAUGAUCCGAUCGGUGGUCAACUUCUCUGUGUUGGGGUCAAAGAGCAAGCAAGAGCUGCUGGUGCGUUUCGUGUGCAUCAUGUGUCUGGGCGUUGUUCACGUCUUCUGCACAUCGCUGCUCAUCCGGAGGCCCAACAUGAUGGCGUUCCGUGUGGGCGGGGCCUUGGAGAGUCUGCAGGAGCAGUACUUCCUGCUCAACCUGUGCUUCUCCAUGGUGACCUUUGACCUGCAAGCUCAGCUGUGUCUGUGUAUCCUCAUCACAACAGUGGACUCGGCCAUGUCUGCUCGCAACAGCAUCAUCCUGGGAGUUGGAGUGGUCUGGGCCUGUGUCACCGCUGCUGUAGGCGCCGUCGCAGUUUUGAAGGAAGCCAAGGUUCUGGUUUGGGUUUUCAUGCUGCAGAACCUUCCUCAAGUCGCCUUCUUUGUUUACCUGAUGUACACGGUGGUAGAGAAAUGGUUUGAGAACAAGACGUACACGCUGGAGGCCGCCGCCGUCACCGGAGCUUUGAUCUCACUGGUGAUUAAAGUGGUUUUAAUCUGGGGCCUCGUCAGACUCGUGCACAGCUUCGGUCAAGGUCUGAGGGAGAGAAUGUUUGAACCAAGCAAGUGAGAAAACCCCCAGUGGUCGAGGAGGAGAAUAUCAGCUGAGGGCAUGACAUCAUGAAGCAUCAGCUCUGCAGAUUUUUAUUCAACAUUAACUCCAACCAAAUAAUCAGUGAUUUUAUAAUCUUUUAAUUGUAUUUUUCAGCCUAAUGUGAAGAUCUAACUGUAUUUAGCUAACAUCUCUUUUGUCACUGUGCCUGUUGCACACAAUGUAAAACCCCACACGUCAGCUCUAUGACCGCAAACGGAUUUGUAUGAAGUUACUUGUUUGUAGCUUGGACUCAUAAUGGUUUUUAACUUAUUACUAGAGCUGCUUUUAGACAUUACAUUACAUUUCAUUUAGCUGACGCUUUUAUCCAAAGUGACUUACAAUAAGUGCAAUGAACCAAGAGGUUCCAAACCCAGAACAACGAGAAUCAAGAGGGUAAAAUUUGCUUGUACAUGCACUGAACUCUGGAUAACCUCCGAACAUUCUCGGGACUGGCUGUAUGUGAGAACGCUAAUGUCCGAGUGAGCGCCUCCGGACAUUCUCCAAAGGUUCUCCUCCCAGCCCCCUGGUAAACACUCCGAAUGCAUGAGAUCCUCUGGAGGAUUCACUGCGAGUGAGAAGGUGUGUUGAUGACGUCUCUAACACGGGAGAGAGUCAAAACAGAUUAAAAAAGCUAAAAAGAAAACAAAGAGAGAUUUUAAUGAAAGAGCCGACGCGGGUCUAUGUAAACAAAACCAGAGGAUAGUUCCUGUGUUGUUAACGUGUCCGAGCGUAGAAUCUCCGGCUUCGUUGCUCAUGUGUGAAAGGUAAAGUCACUGUGUGGAGCUCCUGCAGAGUUCAUGUCUGAAAACAGCUCAUGGAGCUGAAGCCAAAGUUGCUUUUUUAAAUUGCAACGUAUAUCUUGUGAGUCUACACACUGGAAAUUUUUAUUGAUUUAUUUUAUUCUAUUGUUUUUUCUAAACUUUCUUCUGCACCUUAACAAAUUGUCAGUGUUUUUUAUUGAAGGUUCUUGAUAACAUAUUAAAAACCUUGAUUGUU